AUGGCUCAGGAUACAGGCAUUGCGCUGGAUGCGACACAAAGCACAUUAGCGAAAUUGAAGUUGUUGGAUAAACAUCAUGAAACAAUAAGCAGAGAAACUGCGCGAUACCUACGUGAACUUACGCAGAAUCCUCUUGAUGUUAUCGAGCAUCAACCAGCCCAACAACAAACCUCGGUUUUUUCUCUUGAACACCAGCUGUCUGACCUAUGUGUGCGAAAUACGUCUGCCUUUGUGUCGGCUCAAGAAGCAUUUGAUAAAAUCCCCCAAAUCUGCUCAUACAGCGAUGACAAACUGGCCUCACUCACAAAUUCUCAUGUGUCACGAAUUCAACAAGCGAUUGAAACGUUUGGGCAGCAAGCAAAUUUUGCGCUCACGUUAAGGAACUCCGCUUCAUCUAUGAAAGAUACCAUGGAAACAUCCUUGCUCCAGCUUCUCCGACUACCUCAGUUCGUGAGCACUUCUAUUUCCAAUGCGAAUUACGAGGAAGCUCUACAACUCACAGAACAUUUUUUUCAAAACCUACCGCCCAAAGAAAAAGAGGUUAAGCAUGUUGUCCAGGCUUUGCUGGAUAAUAUGUAUUCUGUUCUGCUACAUGCCCAGCAUCUCCUCAUGCAAGCAUUCCGCGAUCCUAAUGCCGAAUUACCAGAGGCGCGUGCAUGUGUUACAUACCUUUUACGACUCAAAUCGUUUGCCCGCAUUCAGUAUCCAGGUACAGAACUUGACCAACACAGUGCGGAUAUGUGCUUUGGAUUUUUACAUGCUCGAUUUCUCCGGGUUCACACCUGCCUAGAUCCUAAUGCUGACAUACUACUCAACAUCGAGUCCUGGAAAGAUACCGUCAUGAGUGCGUGUGCUACGGCUACCUCUCUUUAUUUGGAGAAUCGUGUAGAUCAAGCACAACCUAUUGACACGAUAUCUGUACAACUGAUUUCCAUGUUUGCAACUCAUGCUAUCGAUGUAUUAUACGAAUAUCUUUCACUCUACCUGCAUAAUUAUACACAUGCCCCGAUAGGUCCCGCGCCUCACCUGGAAGAAAUGUCGAAGCGAAUUAGCCUGAUCUAUUCUAAAUUAUGCUUUGUGUCGGACAGCUUAGCAAGCAUUGGCAUUUCUUUGGAACUCUCUCUCGUGCCCAGCACAGGAAGAAUUGAGUCAAGUUUGGAUGCAUUUGGUUUCGCGGCACUAUCUCUGUGGAUUGCUGCCUUGCACACAAUUCACCCCGAAGAAAUCAGUGCAACAUGCCCUGAAAAUGAAAGCCACAACAAAAUGCCUAGAGCAUUAUCUUCACAUCCUCUGUGCAUUGGGACCGCUAGGCAAGUUGUUGCUGCCCUAAAUGUUUUACGACACUUUGCACCUUUAAAUAUUCAUCAAGCUGCCGUGGAUGCUUUGGGGAAGCGAUUUGCUCAUAUCCUCUCUGAUCUACCAUCAAAAGAACAGCACUGCUUUGUGAACGUCCUUGCACCUUGGGCCUCUUCUGCGCUUGUCCAAGGUGUAUUUGACCAGCCUAAAGAAAGCUAUUCACUCUCGACAUGUGCUGAGUGGCGUCAGGCUUGUACAACUGUCAAGCAUACUGCUCUAAAUCCAACGUAA